AUGCAUUCUGACAACAAGCUACCAACUGUUGAACUUAUCGAUCCGAUAAUUUCAACAGAGAUAGCAGACAGAAUUGAAGAUCCUGAAUUGUAUUUACUUGUGAAUGAUUUUAUGAUUCAUGGUCGAUGUGGAGCUGAAAAUAUGAAUUGUCCAUGCAUGGUGGAUAAAAAGUGCUCUAAAAACUUUCCAAAACAAUUCUGUAAUCAUUCGUCUGUUGAUCAAAAUGGUUUUCCGUUAUAUAGGCGAAGAAACGAUGGUCAUUUUGUAGAAAAAUCAGGUGUAAGAUAUCCUUCUGUUGUCAGACUACCUUUUCAUCUUCCUAAUCAACAGCAGAUUGUAUAUGGCGAAGACGAUGAUAUUGAUGAUGUUCUUGACAAACCUUCUGUUGCGGCUUCAAAGUUCACAUCUUGGAUGGAGUGUAAUGCAAUCGACAGUGAAGCACGAAAACUCACAUAUGUUGAAUUUCCUACAAAGUGUGUUUGGAUAUUAAAUGGUUGGUUUUGGAAGCAAAGGAAUGUAGGAAAAGCCAUCGGUAGAAUUCAUUCGGUUUCACCUAAACUAGGUGAAGCAUAUUUCUUAAGGAUUCUUUUAAAUAAAGUAAAAGGUCCUACAUCAUUUGAUGAAAUUUGUACGGUAAAUGGUGAAACACAUUCUUCUUUUAGAGAUGCUUGUUAUGCACUCGGGCUAUUAGAUGAUGACAAGGAAUACAUUGAUGCAAUUAAAGAAGCAAGUCAUUCUGGAUAUGGUUUUUAUCUACGCUUAUUAUUUGCUACAUUGUUGAUGUGUAAUAGUAUGUCUAAACCAGAGGUCGUUUGGGAAAAUACAUGGGAAUAUUUGGCAGAUGGAAUUCUAUAUAACCAACGACAAAGAUUUAAGUCUGCAGAAUUGUCACUCGGAGUAGAUGAACUUAAGAACUUAACUUUGUUCGAAAUAGAACAAAUUUUACUUCGAAACAACUCUACCCUCAAAAACUUCAAAAACAUGCCAUACCCAGAUGUUGAAUCCGUUUCUUCUUCAAACAAUCGACUUAUCACCGAGGAGCUAAAUUACGACAUUCCCGUUAUAAAGAAUGACUAUGAUCGUAUGUUUCUUGCAUUAACAAAUGAGCAACGUAACAUUUUGCUAAACAUCAUGAGUGCUAUUCAAGAAAAUAAAGGAGAUGUCUUCUUUGUUUACGGUUAUAGUGGAACGGGUAAAACUUUUUUAUGGAAAACAAUAUCUGCAGCAAUUAGAUCGAAGGUAAUAUUGUUUUAA